UUUCUUUUAAAUCAUUUUCAUUUCAAUUCAAUUUUCAAAUGAAAAUUCGACGUGUUUGGUGCGGUGUGCCGGUUGCAUUUUACUGAAAAUUUAGUUUUGUAAAACGAUAAUUGCAUAUUUGUGGCGGAACAUAUUUUAGUGCUAGUAAUUAUUGUAAUACCGCUCUACAUUCCGUAAAUCAAACAGUUUGGUUAACCGGAGGAAUCUCAUAAAAUAUUCAUCAAAAAUGAAUUCAAGCUCAAAAAUAACUGUUUCUUCGCCGAAUCUCAAAUAUACAGAGGAUUUUAUAUAUUCUGAUUAUGAUUAUGAAGAAACUUUAGUUACUAAAACGGAGCAUGAAUUGGUGGCUAAACCAUAUCACACCUCGUUGAAAAUACGCACGGGACGCAAAGUGGGUAAAGUAGGAGUAAUGCUGGUGGGUUGGGGGGGUAACAAUGGCUCCACAUUCACAGCAGCUGUGCUGGCCAACCGCCACCAACUGUCGUGGAACACCAAGAAUGGCCAGAUGAAUCCAAAUUGGUAUGGAUCAAUAACACAAGCUUCUACAGUCAGACUGGGCCUUGACGAAAAGGGAUCUGAUGUUUAUGUUACUAUGUCACAAUUACUGCCCAUGGUACAUCCUGAUGACUUGGUGAUCGACGGUUGGGACAUAAGCCCCAUGAAUUUGGCGGAUGCAAUGGUGCGCGCCAAGGUCAUCGACUAUGACCUGCAACAGAAACUCCGCAAGCAGAUGCUGACUAUGAAGCCGAGACCUGCAAUCUAUGACCCAGACUUCAUUGCGGCUAACCAGGCGGAUCGCGCUGUGAACCUUAUACGGGGCACGCGCUACGAGCAGUACCUACAAAUACGCGCCGACAUCAAGGACUGUCGCGACAGGCACAAGCUGGACAAGGUCAUCGUGCUGUGGACCGCCAACACUGAGAGAUUCUGCGAGGUGGUGUCCGGAGUGCACGACUCAUCCGACAACUUGGAGAAGGCUCUGCGCCAGAACAACUCGGAGAUAUCUCCCUCCACCAUCUUCGCGCUCGCCGCCAUCGAUGAGGGCUGUUGCUACAUUAAUGGAUCGCCUCAAAACACCAUAGUGCAAGGUGUAGUGGAGCGCGCGGAGAAGAAUGGGGUGUUCGUGGCCGGAGAUGACUUCAAGUCCGGUCAGACUAAGCUCAAGUCUGUGCUUGUCGACUUCUUGGUAUCAGCUGGCUUAAAGCCAGUGUCUAUAGUGAGCUACAACCACUUGGGCAACAACGAUGGAAAGAACUUGUCCGCUCCCCGACAGUUCCGCUCCAAAGAGAUAACAAAGAGCAACGUAGUGGAUGACAUGGUGGAGUCCAACCCCCUUCUGUACAAGCCCGGAGAGAAACCUGACCACGUGGUCGUCAUCAAAUACGUGCCCUACGUCGGAGACUCCAAACGCGCCAUGGACGAGUACACGUCGGAGAUCCUGCUGCACGGCACCAACACCAUCGCCGUGCACAACACGUGCGAGGACUCGCUGCUGGCCGUGCCGCUCAUCUUGGACCUGGUGCUGCUGGCGGAGCUGUUCUCGCGCGUGGCCUUCCGCAGGGACGAGCGGCAAGAGUGGAGCGGCAUGCACGCGGUGCUGUCGCCGCUGGCGUACCUGCUGAAGGCGCCGCUGGUGCCGCCGGGCGCGCCCGUCGUCAACGCGCUGUUCAAGCAGCGCGCCUGCGCCGAGAACAUCCUGCGCGCCUGCCUCGCGCUGCCGCCCGCGCACCACAUGCAGCUCGAGCACAAGGUACCAAUGUUGAUGUCGGAACUACACUCAGGCGCUAUGUUUAAAUCCUCGCCUCAGGCCAAGAAGCAGAAAGUUGCCCACACAAAUGGCGACCAAUAAGGUAUUAUCAUUCUAUUGCCGCCAAAAAUAAAAUAAUUUCAGUAUCAGUGAUAGUAUAUUUAUGUUUUAUUUUUGUUAUAAAUAUAUAAAAAAAAAUCCAUUGCAUUCCUCUAUAGCACAAACUUGUGCACACAAAGUUUAUUUUUUUAUCUAAGCAGGUAAAUUAGUUUUUAUUUAAGUAAAAUUAUGUUAUUUAUUAAUUAUUUUCUUAGUAUUUGUAGCUCGAAUGUUUGAAUUGUUGCAAUAGUGAAACUAUUUCUGCACCAAGUAUAGUAUAGUUGGUUUUGUUUUAUGGAGAUAUAUUAUUUAUUGUUGAGUUUUGGCUGUGUGAAGGUCCAGCGCCAGACGAAAUGGCGUCGCAUCGAUAACAAUCCAAUAGUCUAAGAUCCGGCAUUAGAAAUAUAUAUUCAUUAGUGCUAUUAAAUAAAUGAUAGAUAAAUAAUAGUAUAUGUUAAGUUCAGAGUUUUCCGUUCAAGAACCGUUUCGAUUUUUCGAUUACUUAACUUACGCCACGCAAACAGUCAUUUUCUGCAAUUCAAACGAUCAUUUUUUGUAACGCAAACAGUCAUUUUCUGCAAUUCAAACGGUCAUUUUCCGUAACGCAAACAGUCAUUUUCUGCAAUUCAAACGGUCAUUUUCCGUAACGCAAACAAUCAUUUUCUGCAAUUCAAACGGUCAUUUUCCGUAACGCAAACAGUCAUUUUCUGCAAUUCAAACGGUCAUUUUCCGUAACGCAAACAGUCAUUUUCUGCAAUUCAAACGGUCAUUUUCCGUAACGCAAACAAUCAUUUUCUGCAAUUCAAACGGUCAUUUUCCGUAACGCAAACAGUCAUUUUCUGCAAUUCAAACGGUCUUUUUCCGUAACGCAAACAAUCAUUUUCUGCAAUUCAAACGGUCAUUUUCCGUAACGCAAACAAUCAUUUUCUGCAAUUCAAACGGUCAUUUUCCGUAACGCAAACAAUCAUUUUCUGCAAUUCAAACGGUCAUUUUCCGUAACGCAAACAGUCAUUUUCCGUAACGCAAACAGGCAUUUUCCGCAACUUUCGUCUGUCUGCGCUGGGCCUAUCCGUGAUUUUGAAUUAUAGUGAGAUGAUAAAUUGCCAUUUUAUAAAUUCCAUUGACAAAACUAUGUUGUCGUGUUAACUUCACUUCUUUCUUUUCUUAAACAAAUGAGAUAUUUAUCUCAUUUGUUUAAGAAGAAUCAUAAAUCAUGUUGAACAGAGAAAUGAAUCUGAAAGAAUAAUUUUUGUGUACAAUGAUGUCUGUUGUAAUUCAUCAUUUAGUUCAAGUUACUAAAAAAUACUUAUUUCACAACUUUUGAAACAUUUACAAUAUUUACGUAAAAAUUGAUGCCCGUUCAUUAGUUAAAGAUUCAUCUUUUGGAUGUCUUUACAAUUAUAAAAUUGUUGAUAUAUUAUAUUUAUUGAUUGUUCUAUAUUAAUUCAGAUCUAUACUUAUUAUCAAGAUUGUUCAAGUGGCACCCAAUCUCAUAAAAAAACAAUUAUCCCUACAUUUUGUAGACGGGUAGGUAUUUUUAGUUGAAUGGUAUUUAAUUUUUGGGUUUUUAUAAUAUUCUUCGGAGUAUGAGAAUACGUUUUUUUCGAUUUCUUUUUUAGUAGAUAAUUAGACAAAUCACCAGUUAUAUUUCUUUAUAUGCAUGGUUUAUCCCACAUACAUAGUACGGAAUUUCAAAAAUAAUAUAUAGACUAUACACUAAAAAUUAAAAUUAACUUACUAGAUCGAAAGAAGAAAUACUUUAACUUUUUAGUUAUAGUAUUUUCGUUAUUACUGCUAUUUAUUUAUAUUAUUUAUCUUAGAAUUUCUUGUUAAUAAAUAUUUAUAUUUACUAUAAAUAUUUUAAUAAAUUGAUAGAUCUUUAAAAAAUGUUAAUAAUCUCUUGUUAAAAACAGUAUUACGAAUUAUCUGAUUUACUCAGCAUAUACAAUCAAUCCAGUAUUUUUUUAGUAUUUUAAAUUAAACUGUAUCAUAAAAUGUAAAAAAUUGAUGCAUUUAUAGAUUUAAUUAUAUUUCAUUUUUUUAAUUCAAACGAUACUAUGAAUUAAGAAAAUGACUGUCGAAAUUUUGAGGGUAUUUAGAAAAUAUUCGUAGACAAAAAUAUCCAAAUUUGAAUUUAGUAAUUUGAAAAAAUUCAAAUCAUGGUACUAAUAUCAAAGCCAUGAAAAUUUUUGAUCUUUACUAUAAGCGUCACUUAAUGCAACUAAAUUAAGGUGAUAAUACACGAGUGAAUAUAUCACAGUAUAUUAUUACAUUAUUUAAAUUUCAUUUAAGUAUUAGGAUUUUUCAAGUCAAAUUAAAUGGCAAAACAUUAAUCCAUAAAGCGUUGCGUUUUAUGCGUUUCUAUAAUAUGAUGCCCCUUGGUAAACAGCCUGGAUUAAACGAUGAAUAAAUAGGAUGGUCUGCAUAAUGAAGACUACAAAAUAAAAAAAAAAACACCUUUUUUUUGGAGUGAUUACAUGAAAAUUUAGUUAUUUAGUUUUUAAAUAUGUUUGUGACAAUACGAGCCAAAACGCCUGUCGGUCAUGAUGGUCUAUAUUUCAACUGUUUCAUGACGUCACUAUGAGAAAUCCCUUACAAACGGAGCGUUUGACAAAAAUAUAAGUUUGACGUUUAAAACAUCAAGUGACAUUGUGACGUAACAAAAUGGACGACUGCGUUUUUGAUGUUUGGAAAAUUAAAAAAAAUACAUGAUUUUUAAAUUAAGUUUUAUAAGAAAUUCUCAACUUUUAUUAAUUAAUAUCAAUAUUUUUCGGACCCGUAUUCUAUGCGAAAUUAAUAUUAUUUAUUUUAAAUUUUAUACGAGUCAACUACCCUAUUUUACUCAUCCCAACUUUUCUUUGAAUAAAAAUGAAUGAACGGUGAUCUAAUCAAACUAACCUCAAAUAAAUAAUCACUAUGCUAUUUUUACUCGUGUAUAGACUAUAAAAUCUAUUUCCCUGGUAGGUGAAGUCACAAAUGUAUUGAUGUUAUUAUGUAUUUCAAGAGAGUCCUAUAUGUGUAGAUUAGUAAAAUGGCUAUACACUAUGAAUGUAUUAUUUUUGUGCAAAUUGUAUUGAAAUAAACAUGUCUAAACUGUA